GCCAAAACCUUCCAAACGCACGUGCCAUCAGGCUGGUACGUGACCAUGGAUUUGGAUGUGAUAUUCCCUCUUCCCAACUCCAAGUUCACCCUGGAACACUCCAGAAGAAAGCUGCAUCAUAAACAGAAAAGGGAUAUGUGGGAACGAAUAGAAGAGGCUGUAGGAUUUCACAAUCUGAACGGCCGCGCUUGCAUCCUGAGGAGCAUCUGUGAAGCCAAGGUGCAUCUAGCGCCGAAAGGGAAGUCGCUGGUACACGACAUACUCAGAGCUAUAUUCACGAUUCCAGCCUUCGAGAAAGAGUUCGAAGACGUCAUGAAAGAAGGUUACGAUGACGUCAUAGACCCCCACGUUUGUGACAGGAUGCAUGAAUGUCCAUUCUCGUUGUUACAUUUUAUUUUGGAUAUGAAUGAACCUAAGUAGAUAGAGGAAAAAACCCUUGGUGCAAAAACUGCUAGCUCAUAAAGGUGUA